GGUGAACGAAAUCACGCAGCUAUCAGUGCAGAUGAUUGGGCCACCGUUGGACGACGAUUCUCAGAACUACAUCUCAGACGCCUUUCAGACGUUUCUGAGUUGUGUUCCGCGCUGCGUCUCGCUGGGCGAAGUGAUCACGGUACCCUGCCGCCAGUACCCGGCAAGCAUGGACCAAGUGUUGACAAUGGAACGGGG